AUGUCUGCCAGUACCGUUGGAAAGACCAUUACGUGCAAGGCUGCCGUUGCCUGGGAUGCCGGCAAGGACCUGACCAUCGAGGACAUCGAGGUAGCACCGCCAAAGGCCCAUGAGGUGCGAAUCCAGAUAUACUACACUGGUGUCUGCCAUACCGAUGCAUACACCCUCUCCGGAAAGGAUCCCGAGGGUGCCUUCCCCAUCGUCCUCGGACAUGAGGGCGCGGGCGUCGUCGAAUCCGUCGGCGAGGGUGUGACCAACGUCAAGCCCGGCGACACCGUCGUCGCUCUUUACACACCUGAAUGCAAAGAAUGCAAGUUCUGCAAAUCGGGCAAGACCAACUUGUGCGGCAAGAUUCGAGCCACGCAAGGCCGUGGUGUCAUGCCCGACGGCACGUCCAGAUUCAAGUGCAAGGGCAAGGACCUCCUGCACUUCAUGGGCACGUCAACAUUCUCUCAAUACACCGUCGUGGCCGAUAUUUCCGUGGUCGCCAUCACCGACAAGGCUCCCAUGGACCGAACGUGUCUGUUGGGUUGCGGUAUCACCACCGGAUACGGUGCCGCUGUCAUCACCGCCAAGGUCGAAAAGGGAUCCAACAUCGCCGUCUUCGGAGCGGGCUGUGUAGGUCUCUCUGUCAUCCAGGGUGCGGUCAAGAACGAGGCCGGCAAGAUCAUCGUCGUCGACGUCAACGACAAGAAGGAAGAAUGGGCCCAAAAAUUCGGAGCCACCGACUUUGUCAAUCCCACCAAGCUGAACGGCCAGACGAUCCAAGAGAAGCUGAUCGAGAUGACCGACGGUGGCUGCGACUACACUUUCGACUGCACCGGCAACGUCGGUGUCAUGAGAGCUGCUCUCGAGGCAUGCCACAAGGGCUGGGGUGAAUCUAUCAUCAUCGGUGUCGCUCCCGCUGGUGCCGAGAUCUCCACCAGACCAUUCCAGCUCGUCACCGGUCGUGUGUGGCGAGGCUGUGCCUUUGGCGGUGUCAAGGGCCGAUCUCAGCUCCCAGGUCUCGUUGCAGACUAUAUGGACGGCAAGCUCAAGGUUGACGAAUUCAUUACCCACCGACAGCCUCUCUCCAAGAUCAACGACGCAUUCCACGACAUGCACGCCGGCGACUGCAUUCGCUGCGUCGUGGACAUGAGGACGUUGUAG